AGAUAUACCCGUACCCGUCCCAUCAGAGGAAGACAUCAGAGAGAGAUAAGAGAUAUAACCAUACCCGUCUCAUCAGAGGAAUACAUCAGAGAGAGAGAGAGAUAUCCAUACCCGUACCCGUCUCAUCAGAGGAAGACAUCAGAGAGAAACACACGCCGUCUCAUCAGAGGAAGACAUCAGAGAGAAACACACGCCGUCUCAUCAGAGGAAGACAUCAGAGAGAAACACACGCCGUCUCAUCAGAGGAAGAUAUCAGAGAGAGAGAGAGAGAGAUACCCAUACCCGUACCCGUCUCAUCAGAGCGCCCAAGACACAGGGGCUGUGCACUGCCUCGCCUUGCUUUCGGAUCGCUGUUGUUGUUUGAAAGAACCAUGUCUGCCGAGGUCCAAGAAACCGCCCCAGCCGUGGCAGCCGAGGAGGCUCCGGCGGCGCCAGAGAAGAAGUCUAGGGCGCUGGCGGGCAAGAAACCCAAGACCAAGCCCGCAUCGUCCGCUUCUUCUCCGGCCAAGAAAAAAAAGUCCAGCAAGAAGACCCAGCCGGGCAAGUACAGCAUCCUGGUGGUGGAGGCGCUGAGGAAACUGGGAGAGAGGAGCUCAUCCCUGGCGAAGAUCUACAACGAAGCCAAAAAGACCCCCUGGUUCGACCAGCAGAACGGGAGGACCUACCUGAAAUACUCCAUCAAGGCGCUGGUGCAGAACGACUCCCUGAUCCAGGUGAAAGGCACCGGGGCGAACGGCUCUUUCAGGCUGAACAAGAAGAAGCUAGAUGCGCUGGAUAAGAAGCGAUCCGCCAGCAAGACCGCCCCUCCUGCCAAGAAGCAGCCAGCAACGGCGGCCAAGAAGCAGCAGCCAGCCGAGAAGAAAGCCAAAGCGAAGACUCCGCCGCUCAAGAAGGACAAGAAGCCCAAAGCCGGCCCGGCUGCAGCGAAGAAGAAGCCGGCCAAAGCUGGAGCCUCGUCCGCCGUCGCCAAGCCCAAGAAAGCCAAGGCGAGCAGCGGCAGCGCAGCCAAGAAAGCGGCAAAGCCCCGCGUCCCGAAAGUACUCAAGCCUAAGAAAGCGUAAAGAAACGGCCAACAAGAGAGACUCUGUUUGCAAAGCUUGAGAUGCAUUUUAUUUUUGUAAAACUUUUAUUUUGUUAUAUAAUAAUAAUAAUAAUAAUAAUAAUAAUAAUAAUAAUAAUAAUAAUAAUAACAGCACACGUCGAAAUGCCGCCUGACGCUGCUUUUGUUUCUUUGCAUUUUAAAUGCUGUGUAUUUUUUUAUUUUCUUUAUUACAAAAAAGCAACGCUUUGUGAUUUCGAGGGUUGUGUGAUGUGCCAUUACGCCUCGUUUACAUUGUGAAAGAAGUAAUCUGAUUGUUGUGUAAUUGGAAAAAAAUAUAAACAACAAUGAUGAUGACGAUUCUGUCUGUCGAACCCACUUGUGUUGAUUCUUCUUUGCAGGAUCAUCGUUGGAAUUCAUUGUUGUUGGUGUUGCCCGUGUUGCUGCUGUUCACUGGUAAUGCUGCUGAUGCUGUUUCUGCAGACGGGUGAUCUGUAUGCUCGUUUCUAAGGCGCCCGAAACGCCUGUAUUUGGGUGCCCGGUGGGCUGGUUUUUGUGGUAUUGUUUUAAAUGGAGGAAGCACCGCCCCCUGCCGUUUUAUUGGCAGAACAGCAUGGCGCAUCCAAUAGCAUCGCGUUCAGCGUGCUCCUGCUAGACCCGGGUUUCCUCUGAACGGCGUGCUGCAGCCUCGUCCUCCUGCAGGGCCUUGCAGAAACGCAGCAGCUUAGCUGCAUGCAUCUGUAUAUAAAGUUUUGCCCCAGGGAAUCUUUUAUCACAGCAUUAUGAAGAAUGUAAACUAAUGGGAUGAAUACAGUGAGCUUCUUUUAAAACAUGUGUGCUCUAUUUAAACAGCUGUCAUUUUGAAACUCCUUGCUCAAUAAACAUUAUUAAGAAAAUACAAA